AUGUCCGCGAAAGCCCCUCGAAUUCCAGCAUCAGUAUGGGACGGGUACAAGGAGGAGAUUACUGCUCUCUAUACUGCGCCCCAUGGGACGUUGGAAAAGGUGAUGGAUGCCAUGAAGGAGAGAUACGGCUUCCAACCAACCAAAAGCCAGUAUGCCACGAAGUGGAAGCAAUGGGGUUUGCAGAAAUAUGCCAAUGCCCUUGACUACACAUGGGCAGACCAGAAGAUAAAGAAGAGGGCCCUAGAGGGCAAGGAUACCGAUUUCAAUAUUCGUGGGAAGAAGAUAUCACGUAAGGACAUGGAGAGGGAGAUCGGUCGAAAUACGACCCUGACGAGCCGAUUGCAAUAUGCGAAAGAUAUUCCUACCCCCGAGGGUAUCCAGGUGUUUACUCCAUGUCCUGAUGUCGAGGUAUCCUCUACUCUUGCAAACCAGUUGGAAUAUACAGAAUAUAUCCUGUCUCCAGAGGGCGUCCAGGUGUCCACUCCUAGUGCCGACACCGUCACACUCCAAGAAGCGGACAUCAACUACUUGUUAUGGUUCAGGUUACAGAAGGAUUUUCCAGCCCUGAUCGUACAAACAUCUCACAAUGAAUUCCCUCCGUCGACCAUCUCUAACAUGCUAGAUCCGGCAGGAAAGCAGCUUGAUAUUCUACGUAACCCGCAAUUCGGGGUCAAGCUACUACAGAUGGCUGUCGGAGAUGCACUGAAGCUCGAAGACUCGAAAGUUUUUAUAUUGAUUAAGGACCCUAAAACGCGUCAAAGAAGACGCCGAUAUUUGAGUUCUUAUUUCCCACCAAGUGACGCCGAAGUUGGUCUCAUUUCUUCUCCAUUCAGAUCUACGGAUUUUGGGAUGCCAUCUCAACUUGCCGCCAUGCAAAGAUUUCUGCAGUAUUUUGUUUGUUUGACCAACAACGACGCACUUGAGCACAGUCAGACUUUCAAUGUAGUCACCUGGCUUCUAAAGAAAUUCAACAAGUCUCUCUUCGCUUAUAUCUUCAACCUGCGGACCACCACGAGCAAGAUAUUUAUGAGAAAGAUCUUACCAGCCUCCGUGAACUCCGGAAACACGAAACUGGUUGAAGAGAUUCUUAACCGAGCGUUUGUUUCCAGGACUCGUCACGAUAAUGAUCUACCUCUGGACGCGGAAUAUUUACAAGAGUACUGUAUUACAAUAGCGGUACAAAGGCAAGAUCAGCGGAUGCUACAGUUGCUCUGUGAGGCAGGUUUCCCUCCUCAGUUUUACCUAGAUAACAGCAAUCCCCUCAGUCAAAAACACUUGCCAUUAGACACAGAUAUCUUCCUCAGUCAAGGACACCUACCAUGGAACACAGCUAGCUUGGACAUUUUACAAACCCUCAUCUCAUUCGGUGCGGAUCCAGAUGGCAUGCUUGUGAAUGUUGAACGCGGAUUUCCUCUCAUUAAUGCUGCGGAGUUAGGGAAUCUAGCGGCCGUGGAUAUGCUGUUGAAAGCAGGCUCAAGGGUCAAUUCAUAUGUGAGAGACUACUUUGGCACUCCGUUACAAGCAGCAGUAUACGCAAAUCAAGCGAAAAUGGUCGAAUUCUUGAUUGCAAAAGGAGCAGAUGUCAAUGCUCCGUUUGGUGAACAGUACAGACCCAAAUCAUGGCGAUGGUCAGACGCCUAUCGAUUGAACAACAAGGUCCGGGAUAGACACCAGUGUAUCGCCAAAACACCAAUUCAAAUUGCAUGCGAGAUGAACAACAUGUCUCUGGUUGAACUGCUGUUAGCCAACGGAGCACUCGUUGACCUUUCUCCACUGUCUCGUAUUACGGCUGAGGGCGUGAGCUACGUUGAGAGUGCCAUGUCCUAUAUCACGAAUUUCGAGUCUUCGUCUGGUUAUUCAGAUGAUUAUAGCCCUAAUUACAAGACCAUUCUAUACUAUACUGCAUUCCAACACAGCGUCCAACACAGAAACAUAUUUCUUCUAUACCGGCUGCUCUCACAAGGAGCCAAUCCUGACUCGAGAAUCAUUCCGAAUUGGGGAGAUACGCCAUUGCAGAUGGCAGCUCGACUUAAUUACCCCGAAAUAGUAUCGAUACUCAUGGAGAACGGGGCCAAUGUCAAUGCCCCUCCUGGAAGGGUUAAUGGCAGAACAGCAUUACAGGCUGCGGCCGAGAGUGGAAAUAUAGAGAUGGUGCAAUUGCUUCUAUUCAGCAACGCGGAUGUGAAUGCCCCCGCAGGAUAUGAACGAGGAUUGACUGCACUGCAAGCUGCCAUUAAGAAUGGUCAUUUUGACGUUGCAGAGCUGCUUCUAAAGUCAAAUGCCGAUAUACAUGCACCCCCAUCACCGCGAUACGGGUUGUCAGCUAUCGCAGCUGCAGCAUCCGGAAAAAACCUCUCAAUGCUCGAGUUCCUAACAAAAAAUGGUUCGGGAGGAAGAGAAAGUGUGCCCGCUAUCUGUGCAGCUGCGGAAUACAGCUGGGUGGAGGGAGCUCGUUACCUUCUGCAACACGGAAGCGAUGUCAACUCCGUCUGUGACGAUUAUAUCAGCCCGUUAGCCUGGUCGAUCACCAAGCAAAAUUUAGCAAUGAUGAAAUUUCUUCUGGAAUCUGGUGCAAAUCUCAAACUUCCUAUGAAAGAAGAGUUAUGUGUGUAUAACGAUGCGCUCUGUUUUGCCAUAGAGCAAAGAUGUCCGCGCGAAAUCAUCUUUUUUCUGUGCCAUCAUUAUGCCAAAUUGGGUCCCAGCCACCUCCAUGAGGAGGCUCUGGCUCUGGCAGUGGCAUAUAUACAUGACAAACAAGACGGCACUGUGAUAUUAAGAAGCAUUCAAGAUAUCAUGUCGGGGUUGUCUGAGGCCUCCUACUCGAAACAAGUUGCAAGAGCAUGGAGAGCUCUUUCAAAUAACAUCUAUGCCGUUUCAGGGGAAAGAAUCGACGAAGAUCAAAUGCAAUUAAAAUUCAAGAUUCUGCUGGAAAUGGGGGCCGACGUCAACAUGUAUGAAGACGGCCCGACUGCUCUGCAAUCAGCAAUCCAUGCAGGACAAAUAGGGCUGGCUAAAUAUCUACUUGACGAGGGCGCAGAAAUCCAAGUACCAGCAGUUGAAUUCACAGGCACACCUCUCCAAGAGGCGAUCGCAAUUGAAGAACUGGAACUCGCAUACACUUUACUGGAAAGAGGCGCCGACGUUAACGCAUCAGCAGCGCCAAAUGGAGGUCUCACUGCACUGCAAACAGCAGCAGAGACCGGUAAUAUCAACAUUGCAGUAGAGCUUCUUCGACGUGGAGCGCAUGUUGUUGUAGCAACUGCACCACAAUAUGGCCGAACAGCGAUCACUGCUGCUGCAUGUUACGGACGAGAAGACAUGCUGCAACUACUUCUAGAUCACUAUGAUGGCAGAAGCCGGGACUUUUUGAGCAUCUGUCAGGGAGCAGCGGUCUGGGCAGAGGCUACAGGGCAUCCGGAGAUUGCUGCUUGGCUUCGAGAAUAUAGAGUUUCAAGAGUACAAGAUUUAGACCUUACCAGACUACCCACUCAGUAUCCGAUUGUUCGUGUCGGGCCAUAUUCGACCCAAUUGUAUUAA